ACUCAUCCUGGACAUGGCCUAUAGCAAGUGCGUGCAGACCGUGAUCGAGCACCUAGACCGCUUCAGGCCAGACAGCGACAUCCCUGAGCAGUUCUUGCUAGAGUCAUCAUCGGCGCUGCAGCAGCUGCACCCCCAGAAGCAGACCUUCAUUCUGGAUGUCCUGUCGGGGUGCUUGGAGCACCAGCGUAUGCUGAGCAUCGUGCUGGAUGCCUUCUACCAGCGUGAGGGCCACUUCUGCCUGCGCACCCAUUACAACCUCUUUCGGGUCAUCUGCUAUCUGGCCAUCUUCCAGCUGGAGGAGCUGGGCUUCCAGCACUUCCAGGACAUCGUCAAGUCGCAGCAACCCCUGGACCUGAUGUGCAAGUUCCUGCAGUUCUUCUUCAACCCCCGGAACCUCUCCACGUGGCUGAGGGAUGAGUGGAGCCUCCUGUAUGCACCAGAGCACGUCAGUCAGCAUUGGAUCAACGGCCUGCUGAGGUGGCAGCCAGAGAUGCAGGAGCUGAUCAGCCACCUUCAGGGGCUAGUGACCCAACAGUCACAGUCGCACUUCUCGAGAACCAAGUCCAAUUUCACGGAGCCCAGGGAGUUCAGGCUGACUGCCCCCAGGCCCCGCACCAUCCCCGUGCCUGAGCUGGUGCCCAUCAUGGCCAAGACCAGAGCUGUCCCCAAGAGCACCUACCAACCGCCCAGAGAACAGAAGCUGCUCCAGGUGACCAAGAGGCACAACCGACAGUUGGCUGAGGAGCUGCUGCUGAAGGCUACUGUGGAGGAGCUACCAUGCACUGUUUCCAGGAACCACAGGGAGACGCCUCUGCAGGACACCAGGAUAGAGCCCUGGCAUGACCCGUCGCUCCGAAUCCGCCGAACAUCGAAGCUGACUUUCUACAGGCCCGACGGUAGCCAGGUCAAGCUGAACACUGCGGCCAUCCUUCGGGAAGGGGCCCUGUACCAGCGCCAGGUGGAAAAGGAACUGCAGAGGGUUGAUAAACUGGUGGAUGGAGCUGGGGACUUCUCCAAGUUCCUCAAGUGGCAGAAGACCAUGAAAGCACAGGACCUGGAAGAGCAGCGGGCAGCUGAAGAGUGUCGGCGGCUGCAGGGGAAACUGAGUCAUGAAGAGGCCUUGCUGGCGAGGCAGCACCUAGUACAGGAAAACAAGCAGAGGGCAGAACAGAAGAAGGAAGAGACAGCAGAGCUGAUGCAGCAGUGCAUGGAGAGGCGCGUGCAGGAGCAGAAGGUGCUCCGAAAGCGUGUGGAGCAGGUGACGGAGAUCCAGAAGAACAUCAAGUUGGUGCAGUCCAGGCUCCUCAGAGACCGGCAGCAGACAGCCCAGGAGCUGGCAGAAGAGAGUCGGGAGCUGCUGCGGUGUCAGGCGGAGGAGGCACGGGAAGAGCACCAGCAGCGCUGUGAGCUCAUCGCCCAGCUGCGUGCCCUGGAGACACAGCCUGUGCGCCGCAACAAGCUGGUGGACCUGACCCAGACCCCGGGACACGGCCUGGAAGGGGAGAUGUCUUUGGUGGAGCUGCGGGAGCGGCUGGCCCUGCUCAAGGAGUCGCAGCAGCAAGAGCAGCAGGAAAGGCGGGGCCAGAUCAUCCAGGACAAGCGGGCCAAGAGCCAGGAGCUACGCGGUGUGCUUGAGCUCAUCACCCUGUGCCGCGCCUCAGCCGGCCGAGGCGCUGCCUUGAGAUGGGAGGAGAAGAAGGCGCCUCGCGUGACGCCGCCGCCGCUGGACGGGCGCGUGCGGGAGCUGCAAAGCGAGCUGCGGGACAAGGUGGCCGAGCGCCAGCGGCAGGCGGCGCGGCUCCAAGUGUCGGUGCCCACUCCCCGGGCGGCCUGCCCCCGACAGCGGGCGCAGCGUUGGCUGCCCAUGGAGGAGAUCCGGGAGCGGGAGCUUCGGACGCGCCGGAAAAUCAACUAG